ACAGCUGAAAGUUGGUUGCUCCUUUUCUUCUUAUUUUUUCGCCUUUUUUUUCUUACACUUCCUCAAUCACAGCCUUGCUCCCCCCCUUUUCAACUCUCCCCCAUCUCUUCAUCUACCCCCCCUGUCUCCCGCCACCUGCCGCCCAUCAUGUCCGAGAAACCCGUCACCACGGCGCAAAAAGCACGCGAGCUAGGCCGCGUCCUCGUGAUCGGCGGCAACGGCUUCCUGGGCCACCACAUCGUCAACCAGAUCCUCGACGACCCUCUCUGGGCCGCCUCUCACCUCUCCGUAAUCGACCUACGCUGCACCCGAAACCGCCGACCCGACACCGAUAAAGUCGCCUACUACGAGGCCAACAUUUCCGACGCCGAGAAGGUCCACUCCAUCCUCGAACAAGUCAAGCCCGACGUUGUCAUCCACACCGCCAGCCCGGCACCACAAGGCGACGACGACAUCGCCAAGGACCUCUUCAAGCGCGUCAAUGUCGACGGCACCGCCGCCGUCAUAGCGGCCUGCCAGCAGGCCGGCGUCAAGGCCCUCGUCUACACCAGCUCGGCCAGCGUCGUCACCGACAACAGCAGCAACACCAUCAACGCCGACGAGCGCUGGCCCCUCGUCCGCGGCGACAUGCAGCCCGAGUACUACACCGAGACCAAGGCGGCGGCCGAGGAGCUCGUCCUGGCCGCCAACCGCAAGGACCCGCACCCGACCUUCCUCACCACCGCCAUCCGGCCCGCCGGCAUCUUCGGCGAGGGCGACGGCAUGGUGACGCACCAGCUCAUCAAGAUCUACCGCCAGCGCCGCACCGGCUUCCAGAUCGGCGACGGCGAGAACCUCUUCGACUUCACCUACGUCGGCAACGUCGCCCACGCCCACCUCCUCGCCGCGCGCCUCCUCCUCGUCACCCACCGCGCCGGCGCCUCCUCCAUCCCGCUCGACUACGAGCGCGUCGACGGCGAGGCCUUCUUCGUCACCAACGACUCGCCCGUCUACUUCUGGGACUUUGCCCGCGCCGUCUGGCGCGCCGCCGGCUCCGACAAGGGCACCGGCCACGUCUGGGCCAUGUCCAAGGAGCUCGGCCUCGUCCUCGGCUUCUGCAGCGAGGUCUUCUUCCACAUCCUCGGCAAGCCCCCCACCUUCACCCGCCAGCGCUGCACCUAUAGCUGCAUGACCCGCUACUACAACAUCUCCAAGGCCAAGCGCGUCCUCGGCUACCAGCCCAUCGUCAGCCUCGAUGACGGUAUCAAGAGGGGCGUCAGGUGGUUCCUUGAACAGGAGGCCGCCGGUCUAGUUCCUGCAGCCAAAUAGAUGGGAAAUGGGCUUGGUGUUGUGGGGUGUUGGGGGGUGUUGGGGCGCCGCAUUAGCUGUUGGGUACUGUCCUUCUCACCCGGGGAAGAAGAAAUCUUGUGCUCAUACUACAUCAGAAUCAGAAGAAAAAGGUGGAGAGAUGGGGACUGCGGAUGUAAACAACGCUCGAGGAGGUGUCUGUCUACCUUCUUGUAUAGUCGCGCCUGGAAGCACACGAUAUCUUCGUCUUUUCUUUUCUUCUCUUCUUUCUUUCUUCCUUUUCUUUCUUCUUUUGUUUUACCUUUCUCUUGUUUCUUUGUUCAUACCUCUAUAUACUUUUAUUCUACUGUUUAUGAGCGGUUAGGCAAGGUCACAAGAAUAAAUUCAUGGUAUAAUGAUUAACCACAAUAAACAAUCAGACA